GUACCUUUAUUUUUAGUUUUUCAUUUUUUCUAUAGCAUCCACAUUAUUAUUACUCAACUUAGGCAGAAGCACAGGUGCACAGCCUUCAGUCUUUCAUUCAGCCCAAGGGCUGGUCCAGAAAGAAAAGAGGACUAAAAUACAGAGCCAAAGGCACCAAGUAAAUUAAAGAAAAAAGAUCCCACAAGAGCUCUUGCUAUUUAAUGCCUCCCUUGGCCUCAAGUUAGCACCAAUCUCUCUCUGGCUCUCUGGCUCUCUCUAGCUCUGGAAACAUGCACACUCUGGCAUGGAAGGCCAUGGUAAUGGCUGCAACUCUCCUCCAGCUAUGCUCCUCUAAGGAGUUAGAAACCAAUCUCUCCCUCCAAGAUAAGAUCACCAAGCUCCCUGGCCAACCACAGGUCAGCUUCCAGCAGUUCUCAGGCUACAUCACAGUGGAUGACAGGAAGCAAAGGGCGCUCUUCUACUACUUUGCUGAAGCUGAGUUAGAUCCAUCCACAAAGCCUCUGGUCCUCUGGUUGAAUGGAGGUCCUGGUUGUUCUUCUGUUGGGGUUGGGGCAUUCUCUGAGAAUGGUCCUUUUAGGCCAAGUGGGCAGUUGCUGGUGAGAAAUGAGUAUAGCUGGAACAAAGAGGCCAAUAUGUUGUAUUUGGAGACCCCAGCAGGAGUUGGCUUCUCUUAUGCCACUGAUUCUUCCUACUAUGAGGGUGUGAAUGAUAAGAUGACAGCCAGGGAUAAUCUAGUGUUCCUGCUGCGCUGGUUCACCAAGUUCCCACAGUACAAGGACAGGGAUCUCUACAUCACAGGAGAAAGCUAUGCAGGUCAUUAUGUUCCUCAACUCGCGGAGCUCAUGGUUCUAUUCAACAAGAAGAAUAAUGUCUUCAAUCUCAAAGGAAUUGCUCUGGGCAAUCCAGUUCUCGAGUUCGCCACUGACUUUAAUUCAAGAGCAGAAUUCUUCUGGUCCCAUGGAUUGAUAUCAGACUCAACAUAUAGAAUCUUCACAUCUGCUUGUAACUACUCUCGGUAUGUAAGCGAGUACUACAGAGGCUCAUUGAGCCCAGUUUGUGCAAGAGUGAUGGGCCAAGUGACCAGAGAAACAAGUAGAUUUGUUGACAAAUAUGAUGUCACACUUGAUGUCUGUAUAUCAUCAGUUCUGUCACAGUCCAAGGUUCUAAGUCCUCAACAAGUUACCGAGCGUAUCGAUGUUUGUGUGGAGGAUGAAACAGUGAACUAUCUCAACCGAAAAGAUGUUCAAGAUGCCCUGCAUGCUCGCCUUACUGGGGUUCCCAAAUGGACAGUUUGCAGCAGUGUUCUUGAGUAUGAGCUGCUUAACUUGGAAAACCCCACAAUUUCAGUUGUAGGCUCACUUGUCAGCUCUGGAAUCCCAGUAUUGGUUUACAGCGGAGAUCAAGAUUCUGUCAUUCCUUUGACGGGGAGUCGAACACUUGUGCAAAGAUUGGCGAAUGAACUAAAACUGAAAACAACGGUUCCUUACAGAGUUUGGUUUGAGGGGAAACAGGUUGGUGGAUGGACUCAAGUGUAUGGGGAUAUCCUGGCCUUUGCAACCAUCAGAGGAGCUUCUCAUGAAGCUCCAUUCUCUCAGCCUGAGAGGUCUCUUGUGCUGUUCAGAGCUUUUCUACAACGCAGACCGCUACCAGAGACAUUCUGACAUACCUCUCUCCCUCACCAGAGCUGGGAGUUGGAGGAGAUUGUGUAAGGAACACCACGCAAAAUGUGUGUUUUUGUUCAGCUACCAGCUUCAAAUGCAUAGCAGUAAUGCCUCGAUGAAAAUCCGAUAAUCCAUUCAUGGCUACCAAUUUAGAAUCAAAAUUAUCCUUCUGAAUCUGAUUCUUUGAAGACACAUGAGUGGCGAACUCCAAUUACAGUGAGAAGUUUUCAUCAUUAAUUGAUGUUUUGUGAGGUCAUCCAAGUUAGGAAGCUCAUUUUCCUUUGCAGGUGUAACUGCAUUGGAGGGUAGCAAAUCAUGAAUGUUACAAAGAUAUAUCCAACUUUGAGACAAUUUUCUAACCAAUGCCUCUAACGAAAGGAAAACAUCCAACUUGGACAAUAGAAUCAACUUGGGACAGAUCUCUUGCAGCUUUCACCAUGCUUAUGAGUGCAGAAAAUCUUAACUUGCUACUGCAACUUGCCAGCAGAAUAAAUCAAUACACAUAAAUAAAUAUCAACAAAAUAGUGUGUGUCUGUGUGCGUUUUUGUUUGGUAGAUUGGUUUAUUUCAAAGGAACAGGCCGCUGCUGAUGGGGCAACAAAACUUUUCCAAUUCCAGCAUGUUAUUCCCAUCUUGUUAGCUUGCGUAGGCAACAAGGAUUUAUCAUCAAAGACAGAUUUAUAAGAGAAGAAUGAUGGCGAACAAAUCACUUCUCAUCAUUCUAGGGAAAGAAGCACUACACCAACAAAUACGAAAACUUUGUUAUAUAUUUUUCUUUUUCUUAUUGGUAUAGGUACUAAUGAGAA